GUCCACGUCUAUAUCAACACCAACCCACCCCCCUCUCCGCGGUUCUUCACCAAUUGACUUCCUGCACACACUCCAACUCCCACACUCCCCUCCACCUCCACCGCCGCCAUGACCUACGCUCUGCCCAAGUCCCACCAGGACCUCAUGGAGAAGUCCUUGGUCGAGACCGACUCCGAGGUUGCCGAGAUCAUGAAAAAAGAGAUCCAGCGCCAACGCGAGUCCAUCCUCCUCAUCGCCUCCGAGAAUGUCACCUCCCGCGCCGUUUUCGAUGCCCUCGGGUCGCCCAUGUCCAACAAGUACUCAGAGGGAUACCCCGGUGCCCGGUAUUAUGGCGGAAACGAGAACAUCGAUGCCAUUGAGCUGCUGUGCCAGGCGCGUGCGCUCAAGACGUUCGGCCUGGACCCCGAGAAAUGGGGCGUCAAUGUGCAGACAUUGAGCGGCAGCCCGGCCAAUCUCCAGGUCUACCAGGCUAUCAUGAGGCCUCACGAGAGGCUCAUGGGCUUGGACUUGCCCCACGGUGGCCAUUUGAGCCACGGCUACCAGACUCCCGCAAGAAAGAUCUCCGCCGUCUCCACCUACUUCGAGAGCUUCCCUUACCGCUGCGACGUCAAGACCGGCCUCAUUGACUACGACCGCCUAGAAGAGAACGCGCUGAUGUACCGCCCCAAGGUCCUCGUCGCCGGCACCUCCGCCUACUGCCGUGAAAUCGACUACAAGCGCAUGCGGGAAAUUGCCGACAAAGUUGGCUGCUACCUCAUGAUGGACAUGGCCCACAUCUCCGGCCUCGUUGCCGCUGGCGUCAACGCCUCACCCUUCCCCUACUGCGACAUCGUGACCACCACGACCCACAAGUCUCUCCGUGGGCCCCGCGGCGCCAUGAUCUUCUUCCGUAAGGGCGUGCGCAAGACGGACGCGAAGACCGGAAAGGAGACCCUCUACGACCUCGAGGGCCCCAUCAACUUCUCUGUCUUCCCCGGCCACCAGGGCGGACCCCACAAUCACACCAUCACCGCGCUCGCGGUAGCACUAAAGCAGGCGCAGACGAACGACUUCAAGCUGUACCAGGAGCAGGUCAUCAAGAAUGCGAAGCAGCUUGAGAUAUCGCUCAAGGAGCUCGGGUACACGCUCGUCACCCAUGGCACAGACAACCACAUGGUGCUGCUAGACCUGAAGCCGCAGUCGCUCGAUGGUGCACGUGUUGAGGCCGUGCUCGAGCAGGUCAACAUCGCCUGCAACAAGAACACGACACCAGGCGACAAGUCUGCGCUGACGCCUAUGGGUAUUCGUAUCGGCGCGCCCGCGAUGACCAGCCGCGGGCUCGGCGAGGAGGACUUCAAGAAGAUCAGCCAGUACAUUGAUACUUGCAUCAAGUUGUGCAUCGAUAUCCAGAGCAAGCUGCCCAAGGAGGCGAACAAGCUCAAGGACUUCAAGGCUAAGGUGGCCAGCGGCGGGGUCGAAGAGAUCAACAGCCUGAAGAAGGAGAUUGCGGCGUGGGCUGUCACGUUCCCGUUGCCCGUAUAAAUAUUUUCUUCUUGUCUAUAAUAUCUUCUCUCCGUUCAUCCGGGGUGUUCUUUUUGACUCACACUACAGUCUGCGGCGGCGUUCUCAACGGGGUGGGGCGGGAGGUGUGGAUGGUUCAACAAAAGUCGGCAUUUUCAACAUGCUUGCGUUUUUCGUUUCUCCUUCGGUCCCCAUUGAGCAUAGAUGGAUGGUACAGUCCGCGGAGAAGACGGCGUUGACAGCCUCGG